GUGACGAACGCUGAGGUCCUCUAUACCUAUUUUAUCUUAAAAUUCGGUAUACAGUAAGACAGCAUGAUUCAGCUAGCAUGUAGGUUUCUUGGCUGUAACGCACACUGUUGCUAAGCCUCAACAAUCUUUGAUUAUAUAACUAGGCAUCGACUCGCCCGAGUCUCAUUGCCUCAAUUAUCAUUACAACCUCAACUCUCUUACUCUCUAUCCAACAACCCCAGAAGAGGCUACACAAGCUCCCCAGAGUCACGCUAAAUCAAUUAGAAAAUCCAUUCGGCAACUGCAACGAUGAAUUGGAUGAAAGGCUCAUUUCAAACCCGUCACAAAAUCAAGCUAUGGUGCCAUCUGGUGGCUCUCGCCCUUGCGGCAAUCGUUACUGGAAUUGCAGGCGGCCGCAUGAUACUUACCCAACAGCAGAUGAAGGCGGCAGCCGCUGCUAGUGGUGUUACUGGGAAUGGUGGUCGCCGGAGCAUGUCAGGGCAGAUUGCACUUAGCAUGGGAGCAAAGAGUCUUAUGUUCAUUACAUACCAGCUGGUCUCCGGACACACCAAGUUUUUGAAAGAGAGGUUAAAGGUGAACAUGAUUCUCAGCUGUAUAGAAGUUGUAGCCUGGCCGGCAGUUGUGGCAUUCACCGUUCAGGGGAUUAUAAAGAGAUGUGUAGGGACGACUUGUAUUUUGAGUUGGGUCUUAGUUCCCUUGGCUGUGGCCAUCAGUCUCGUGUCUACAAUUGGAGCUUACAUUGCCGUGGGCGACUGGUUGUAUCUUAGAGGAAAUGGCCCCAAGCCUAAAGCGGCCGCAGUUGAAGAGGUGGACAUGGAGUCUAUGGGCUCGCGUGGUCGACUUCACAACGAGGACAAUUAUCGACCAGGUAGACAUUGAUAAGAACUAUCAUGUCUAGAAGCUAGCCCUUUCAAGAGCCGGUGACAUGGCGCUGGCGUAAAGCUAGUGUAAAGCUGGUGUAGCUGAGGCAGAGGAUAUCUCUACUAGGGAUUAAUGGGGAAUACGGCGUUCCACACCCAAAAACGGGUGAUAUAGAACAUAUAGAAC